UUUUUCUUCUACUUGUAUAAAAUUUCUCCAAGCGAACUUCAUUAUUUUCGCCAAUCCGCUUCAAGCCUCCAACCAUCCAUCAGGAUAAAGGCGGUUCCUUUUUGUCAUAAUGGGGCGGAACAAGGGUUUAGCUGAACAAGAUCUAAGUAAGCUUGAUGUAAAUGAGCUACAUCCUCUGUCUCCCGAGGUCAUAUCUCGCCAGGCAACCAUAAACAUAGGAACCAUUGGACAUGUUGCACACGGAAAGUCUACGGUUGUGAAAGCUAUUUCUGGUGUGCAGACUGUCCGUUUUAAGAAUGAAUUGGAGCGUAACAUUACCAUUAAACUUGGAUAUGCAAAUGCCAAGAUUUACCAAUGUGAGGAUAACAAGUGCCCUAGACCAAUGUGCUACAAGUCUUAUGGGAGUGGGAAAGAAGACAACCCAAAUUGCGAUGUCCCUGGAUUUGAGAACUGCAAGAUGAAGCUACUGAGGCAUGUCUCCUUUGUGGAUUGCCCGGGACAUGAUAUUCUCAUGGCCACAAUGCUCAAUGGGGCCGCCAUCAUGGAUGGUGCUCUACUUUUAAUUGCUGCGAAUGAGGUCUGUCCUCAACCACAGACAGCUGAACACCUUGCUUCCGUCGAUAUGAUGCACCUUAAGCAUAUUAUAAUCCUUCAGAACAAGAUUGAUCUCAUUCAAGAAAAAGCCGCCAUCGAACAGCACACAGCAAUUCAGCGAUUUAUAACGAACACAAAUGCUGAGGGUGCCCCUAUAGUUCCUGUCUCAGCACAACUGAAAUACAACAUUGAUGCUGUGUGCGAGUACAUUGUCAAGAAGAUUCCAAUCCCUAAAAGGGAUUUUGUGUCACCGCCAAAGAUGAUAAUCAUUCGUUCUUUUGAUGUCAAUAAACCUGGCUAUGAGGUUACUGAUAUUAAAGGUGGAGUUGCAGGUGGAAGUAUCUUCCGGGGUGUUUUGAAAGUAAACCAAUUGAUUGAGAUCCGACCUGGUAUCGUUAGCAAAGAUGAGCUUGGAAACCCAAGGUGCUCUCCCAUUUACUCCCGUAUCACUUCAUUGUACGCAGAACAGAACGAGCUUCAGUUUGCUGUGCCGGGAGGUCUGAUCGGAGUUGGGACAACGAUGGACCCUACGCUCACGCGUGCUGAUAGGUUGGUUGGUCAAGUGCUUGGUGAAAUGGGUUCUCUCCCUGAUGUGUAUGUUGAGCUUGAGGUGAGUUUCCAGCUUCUGACCCGUCUUAUUGGGGUGAGGACAAAGGAAAAAGAGAAGCAGAUGAAAGUGGCAAAGCUAAGCAAGGGAGAGAUACUGAUGGUGAACAUCGGGUCGAUGUCGGCGGGAGCUAAGGUUCUAGGAGUGAAGAAAGAUAUGAUGAAAGUGCAACUGACGGUGCCUGUCUGCACCAACAUAGGAGAGAAGGUGGCUCUAAGCCGCCGUGUCGACAGGCAUUGGCGUUUGAUUGGUCGUGGUCAGAUUGAGGCUGGAACCACCGUUCCCGUCCCUCCUCCUCCUAGUUUCUGAUUAGCUGCUUGAGAAUAUCAAUAAUUUGCAUCCAGGUUUAUUUGCAUCAUAAUAUGCAUCUCUGAAUAAGUCACAGGGGGGUAA